GUUCCUCUCUCACUCGGAAUAAGAAACAAUUGACAUGUUACAAAAGUCAUAACCACCUCCAUCAACGGCAGCAACACCACCACCCCCACCAGCAGUCACAGCCAAACGCGUCUACUCUCUGCUUCAAAAUCAAACCUCCAAACGAAAAACACAGUCAAGAAAACCGAAAAUGUCAGCCCUAAUCUACCAAUUAUUCUCCUCCUCGGCUCUCAUCUCUCUAGGUCUCUACCACCUCAUCUCCACCACCCGCAACUUCCUCAAAUCCCCUCAGUCUUUCUCCGCCAGACCCCACCACCCCCUCCCUUCCUCCUUCCCCCGUCUCAAACACCUCCAUCUCUUCCUCCUCAUCCUCUGCCUCCUCAUCGCCUUCACUCACCAAGCCCUAAUUUCCUCUGACUCCGAUCCUCUCCUCAAGGGCCGCACCCCUGUUCACCGCUUCACCUCCCUCCAAUCUGCCGCUCUUCUUUUCCUCUUUUUUAUUGUCGCUGUUGCUCUUCUUCUUUCUGAAUCUACUCCUCUUCUUCCUCUCCCUCCCGAUCUCUUCUUCGCUCUCGGUUCUGCUCUUUUUUUCUUGCAAUACUCCGUCUCUUCCUCUGCUGCUUCCGUUCAGACCUCCGAUCUCCAAGCCAAAUGCGAUUCUGUUUCUGCUCAAAUUUCCGCUGUUGUUGCUUUACUCUGCUUGAUUCUUGCCUUCCAGCCUAGGAUUUUCAUUGCUGAUGUUGGAUUGGCCGGCGCCAUUUGCUUGCAGGGCCUUUGGGUUCUUCAGACUGGGCUGUCGCUUUAUGUUGAAGCGUUUAUUCCUGAAGGUUGUCAUCGGUUGCUUGAUGUGGUGAGUGGGGUUGAGGGUUCCACCAAGUGUGAUCUGGAGGAAUCUAGGUUGAGGGCGGUAGCUAUUUUGGAUCUUUUGUUUGUGGUUCACGUCAUGUUUGUGGUUCUCGUUGUUAUGGUUACAUACGCUGUUAUGGCUAGGACUUUUGGGGUCAGAAGAAUGGGGUCAUACGAGGCUUUGCCUACUACUGCUUCUGAUUCUAAUCAUAUUCAGAUGAAGGCCUUGACAGGCACCCAGGCUUGAUUUUUUGGACUUUGGCGGUGGUGCGCUUUCCCCUUUAGUCCCUCUCUUUCUUUGUUAAAAUAGAUUUUUCUUUUAAAAAAAAUUCUUUUGUUAUGAUUCUUGUGGUACUGGGGAAUCAUAUAUUGUGUCGCUUGUUUUAGCUUAUCUCAACACUGUAACCUCCUGGAAAUUGAGGGAUUUUUGUGCAUAGAAAGUGUCUCCUUUUUUAUUUGAUUAAACUAUUUGGCAGAGUCUUCACUGGAUUUUUGCUUUA